AAACAGGAUGCUAAUUAUUGUUUAACAUGCAUCUAGAACAUCAAGAGCAUCAUAUUCAAAUUUUAUUUCUUUGAAACGAACAAAUAGAUACGUAUUCGUUAAGACGCAUUAGUUCAGGUUUUUGUCUGAAAUAUACAACUUGCACUCAUUAAGGAACACUUGGGAUAUCACAUGAUUAUAAUUUGAAGUGAUCUUUUCUGUUUAUACCAAACGUUUCAGAAGGAAAUUUGACUGGUAUAAGUAUAUAAACAUAAAGAAAUAUUUAUUUUAAAACAUUGGCAGUAGAAUUGAUAGAAUGUAAUUAGCAUGGCGGACAAAUCUGCUAUACUCACACAAAUUCUAAAGGAACAAUGUUUACGUCAUGGAUUUGGAGGAAUUCGAGGUCUUGGUGUGGUUUUUCGUACCAUGGAUUUAGAUUGUUCUCGGUCUUUAGUUCUUGAUGAACUACGAAUUGGUUUGGAAAAGUUUGGAUUGAGAAUGGCAGAUAAGUACCUGAAAACAUUGUUUGAUUCAAUUGAUCAAGAUAAAAACGGUAAAAUUGACUUUCUAGAGUUUAUGAAGGCAUUAAGGUCACCAAUGAAUAAUAAAAGAAUUGCAGUAAUCAAUGAAGCAUUUGACAAACUUGAUACAAACAAUGACGGCGUUCUUGAUAUUGAGGAUCUGAAAGUAUUCUACACAGCCAAUGCCAAGAAUCAUCCCAAAUACUUGUCAGGAGAGUGGACAUUAGACCAAACGCUUCGAAGUUUCUUGGAUAGUAUCGAUUCUCCUGAUGACCCGGAUGGAGUUGUGACACGCGAGGAAUUUCUGGACUAUUACGCAGGCGUGAGUGCUACAAUUGAUGACGAUUCGUAUUUUGUUAUGAUGAUGAGGUCAUGUUACGGUCUCCCUCAACGUUAACUGUCAUCGCCAUUGUUUUUCGCCACGGUAUAGUCAGGAAAUUUUUUAGCUGGUUUGGCAAACUGUCAAGACUGUGUCGGAUAGGUUAUAACCAUAAGAAAGGAAAUGGUUGAAGCUGAAAAUAACGAAAGAAAUGUUGCUAAUCGCAAGAUUGUGAAUACUAUCUUGUUGAACAAAUAGUCUGGUUAGUUAGAAGAAAUAUUUAGUGACAUUUUGAAAACUUUUCCUUCGUUUAUUUUGUUUUGAUUUUAUUGUAGAAAGACAAUAUCUGUAUACUUUGUAAAUGCCUGUUCUAUAAAAUGAUUUCUUGAA